AUGGUGUUUUCCAAUGUUGUUCGUUUUUUUUUCAUUGUGAAUUCGAAAGGAUUCAUUGCUAUAUCAGUGAUUUUAAUGCUUGCCGAGGUUAUCCUAUGCACUGCGAUAAUUUGGAAUAUUCCUUAUACGGAGAUCGAUUGGUCGACAUAUAUGCAACAAGUCGAAUGUUAUUUGAAUGGGACAUAUGAUUACUCGUUAAUUAAUGGAAGUACUGGACCGAUUGUUUAUCCAGCGGGUCAUCUGUUAAUCUAUCGAUUGCUUUAUGCCCUAACGGAUAAAGGACUAAAUAUACGUCGUGCGCAAUAUAUUUUUGAGGCCCUUUAUAUGGCGAAUUUAUUGGCUGUAUUCGCAAUUUAUUAUCGCUCAUCGAAGAUUCCGCCUUUUGUUCUUAUUCCUCUGUGCACUACAUCAUAUCGUAUUCAUUCAAUUUUUCUUCUUCGCCUUUUUAAUGAUCCAAUCGCAAUGUUUCUUUUUUAUGUUGGAGUAAAUCUUUGGCUAAAUCACUACUGGAUAUUUGGUUCCUUAUUUUACAGUUUAGCUGUGUCGGUUAAAAUGAACAUUCUUCUUUUUGCUCCAGCUGUUUUCUUUAUUUUUUUGCUCCAUAGAGGAAUCCGAAAAACCAUAAAACUUUUAUUUUUUUGCGGAUUGAUUCAGAUUGCAGUAGCAUUACCAUUUUUGAUGCAUGAUUCGCUUUCAUAUCUUAAGCGUUCAUUUGAUCUGGGUCGAGUGUUUCUUUUCGAAUGGACAGUUAAUUGGCGAUUCCUAAGUGAAUCUGGAUUUUUGGACAAGCGAUUUCACUUGCUGUUAUUAAUUCUUCAUGCUGUUUUAUUAAUCAUAUUUGCGGGCUUAUUCUGGUUCAGAGACUCGGGAGGACUUCCCCGUUCGCUUUUGAAGGUAUUUCGAGGAAUUGGUGUUAAAACAUCUACAAAUGAUAUUUUAUUCGCAUUAUUUACCGCAAAUUUUAUCGGUAUCGCAGUUGCUCGUUCAUUGCAUUAUCAGUUUUAUAUUUGGUACUUUCACUCUUUGCCAUACCUUCUAUUUUCAUCAAUACGUUCUGAUCAUGAAAAUAAAAGUUUUUUCGCGGAAUAUGAUCAGUCAUGGUUAUCAAUAAUUUUGCGUUUAUCGAUCCUAUUUGGAAUGGAAUUGUGUUGGAAUACCUAUCCAUCAACGCCAUUAAGCUCCGGAAUGUUGCAUGUCUUGCAUCUAUGCAUAUUUAUUAUCGUUGUACUUGAUGAACGAUCCCGAAGUCAAGGAUGUAAAUAUAAGGAAAUUUAA